UCUUCCAUCUCCAAUCAACAGAUACCAGUGUCCUCUACAGAUGACACAAGUUGUUGCAUGAUGAAAACUUCUCCCUCUGUCUCUCUGCGGGUCAAACGCAAAAAUGUCCGUCAGAUCAGAAGACAUGUCUGCCUAAAUAGAGUCAAUGGUCAGGACAUGGAUGGCUCGCUGUGGAAGGUCCAGUCCAGUCAACGUGACAAAAGUUACACUAAAAUGCCUACAACUACUAUCAUUCAGCGUCAGGAAAUGACAUCAUACUUGCGUCUUUUUGAUGAUGACCUGAUUCAAGACUUUCUGAGGAUGGACUGUUGCUACAAAAUGACAGACAAGUACCUUUUAGCCAUGACCUUUGUGUACUUCAAACGGGCCCGCUUCACAGUUGACGAAUACACAAGAAAAAAUUUCUUCAUUGCUCUUUACCUUGCCAACACUAUGGAGGAGGAUGAGGAGGAGAGCAAGUAUGAAAUCUUUCCAUGGGCUCUGGGCAAGAACUGGAGGAGACGCUUUCCUCGUUUUCUCAAGCAACGAGACGAGCUGUGGGCUCGCAUCCAGUACAGAGCUGCUGUCAGCCGGCGCUGCUGUGAGGAGGUAAUGGCCAUUGUGCACCUUCACUUUGUGUGGCAGCGACAGAGAUCUGAUCACCACAGUGGUGCUCAGCGGCAGUACGGUGAUCAAGACCAAGUUCGUUUUCCACGAGGGCCUUUUGCCUCACCUGUUUCCUGUUCCCUGUGUAACUGCGGCAGCAAGCUGCAUCACAUCUCCUCCUCCAGCGAUGCUCCACCACAGGCUGUGGACAGCCCCUACCCACACCUGUUCACUACUGCCCUUGGUUUGGAGUUCACCCCAGUCAGGAUCCCWGUCUCCCACAGGAACGCAGUGAAGGAUACAAGCGAGCAACAGAAACCAUGCUGCUUUUGUCCUGAAGAAGUUCCCA